GGAGAUGCAGAAAUCGAUGUAGAUAGCGGUACUACGUAUCAGACUAUCUUUGGAUUCGGUGCAAGUUUAACCGACUCGGCUGCUUACACGUUCAAUAAACUUAAGACGACUAAUGCUGGUGCCUACUCCGGAUUGCUCAAGUCUAUGUUCGACCCCUCGCCGAAUGCUAACUCCGCUGGGAUGAACUAUAUUCGCGUUCCACUUGGCGCAUCUGACUUCUCUUCUAAAGGCUACAGUUAUUGCGAUAAGAAGGACGAGUCGCUCAAGAGCUUCAGCAUUGAUGUGACUCCCUCCUACGUGUUUACCACCCUGAAGGAUAUACAAGCUAUAAAUGGCAACAUCAAGAUUCAUCUCUUACCUUGGUCUCCUCCCGGAUGGAUGAAAGAUACUAAGUCAAUGAAUGGUGGUAAUUUCGUUGAAAACCACACGGACCAAAUGGCGAACUACUUACUGAAGAGUGCACAAGCGUUCAAAUCAAAAGGGUUUAAUGCUUAUGCUAUUUCUAUUCAGAACGAGCCACAAAAUAGAAACCCGACCUAUCCAUCAGCGCUUUAUACUACUUCAAAUUACGCCGCGGUUGCCGUCAGCCUUCGCAAGUUGCUCGAUGCGAAUGGAAUGCAAGGCGUCAAAAUAAUUGGGUAUGAACAUAAUUGGGACAAUGCUGGUACAUAUGCCACACAGCUAGUAUGUCAUAAUCGUGAUGCAUUCGAUGGUGUGGCAUUUCAUUGCUACACCGGAAGCGUUACCAACCAGGACACGUGGCACAGCGCUUUCCCUAAUAAGGAGCUCUACUUUACUGAAUGCGCUGGGACAUUGGCAUCCGAUUGGUGGAACGACAUACAGUGGUAUGCGAAGCAUAUCUUCAUCGGCGGCCUUACUCAUUGGGCGCAGUCAGGCCUCAUGUGGAACUUUGCUGCUGACCCGCAAGGAGGUCCCGUUCUACCUGGUGCUAAUAGCUGUGAGAAGGGCUGCCGUGGCGUCAUAACGAUCUCUUCGGAUGGAAAGGUAACGUUGAACCAAGAGUACUACGCCAUAGCACACGCUGCGAAGGCGAUCCUUCCCUCAGAUUCCAGCGGGCAGUUUGGGAAACGCAUAAAGGUUGGCGUCAAGGCUGACUCGCUGACUGUUGGCGCGUAUGCAACGAAAGCCUCCAACGGCACUCGCUAUAGUCUGGUCGUUCUGAACGCCGGCGGGAACACGUUGAAGACCUCAAUUAAGUUUCAAGGCAAAUCCGCUUCUUAUUCCUUUCCCGUUGGCUUGACCACGAUGUCCUGGAUGACAUAA